AUGGACAUCAACAAUAACAAUAAUAACAAUCAUGGUGGAGAGCCUCAUUACGUUCCCGGAACACCUUUCCGUGGUAUUACCUGUAACAAACUGGUGAUGAUGGAUACAAACACUGCUUUUAACCAAAUUAUGUCAACUAAAGUCGGUAAGGCUUCGAUUGAUAGUCUCCCUAAGUUCGAUUUUGAAUCCAGUACUGCGGAUAUCGAAUCACAUCUACUACUCAUUGAAAGUACCAUACCUUUGCCUAACGCCAGGGCUAAAGUACUUUUUAACACUCUUAACGAGAAAUCCAGAGCCUUAACAAGAAACUUUCAUGUUGCCGCAAAUGCAUCUUGGAAUGAGUACAAAUCUAUGAUGGUGAAACUAUUCAGUCGUGAGUUUCCGCCAGAACACUAUGUCGGUAUUCUCGCCAAACUAAAGUUUCUACCUAACCGUGAUGACAUAGUUUCCUUCAAUUUGUGCUUAAAUAAAAAUCUAAUUAAAAUAAAAUUAAAUGAAUUAAAGAAUGAACGUAAAGUUCAAGAUAAAAAUAUUAAUUUUUUGAAAAGAUUUAAAGAGAAACAGGUUUUGGAAGAAGUAAAUUCUAAGAUAAAAACAGAAAUUAAAAGUCUUAAAGAUCAAAUAGGAGAAAAUUAA